AUGCUCCGAAUUAGUAUUCCGCGCCGUCAAGCCGGUUCAUCACUCUCAUCAACGUUAUCACAAUGCACACGUCGAGGAUUCACAUCAGCAAUACGACGAUCUCAACAACAACCACCACGACCACGAGAGAAGCCAGAAAACACCACAUUCAAAGAAGGCAUGUCAGCAUACCGCCCCUUCGGCGCACCCUUUCUCAAAGUAUUUCUUGGCGCCAUUUUCACAUAUCAAGUUAUUUACUAUGUAUGGAUGAAGCUUGAGACGAGUGAAAAGAAGUUGUUGAAGAAUGAAGAGAUUAGAGGGUUGGAGAAGGAGGCUAAGCAGUUGGCUGCUAAUGCGAAAUCUUGA